AUCAGCCUGUUUUGUCUUUCACUCCAAACUUUGUCUCCCCUCUCAAACAAAAUAGACUCAGAGCAGCGAAAAGCAACAGCACAACAACUAUUCAUGGCUACCUCUCUCUACUCUCUUCUCCUCCCUUUCCUCUUCUUCUUCCUCCUCCACCCUUUCGUCUCCGCAGCCAACGUUCACAAGGCCAACAAACUCCUCAAAUCAACCCUCCUUGCUGAACCCUCCUCCACUUUUCCUCUCAAACCCCUCAAUGACACCCCGCUAACUGUUUACUUUGAAGUAACAAAACCCAUCAAUGUCCCCAAACUUCAACCUUGUGCACGCACCAUUCUCCAAUACGAUUUCGGCUAUACCUAUGGCAAACCUCCAGUUCUUGCAAACUACACUCCUCCCUCUCAUUGCCCAUCUCAUCAGUUCUCCAAGAUCGUGCUCGAAUGGAAUGCAACUUGUAAGGGAAGGCAAUUUGAUCGCAUUUUUGGGGUUUGGUUAGGUGGUGUUGAGCUUCUCAGAAGCUGCACAGCUGAGCCAAGAGCAACCGGAACUUUUUGGUCUGUGCAAAAGGACAUAACAAGGUAUCAUUCGUUGCUUGUUAAGAAUGAGACUCAAGAACUCGCUGUUUAUCUUGGUAAUAUUGUUGAUUCUACUUAUACUGGGGUGUACCAUGUGAAUUUAACUUUUUAUUUUUAUCCUGCUGAAGAGAAAUUGAGCUAUAAUGAAGAUGGGUUGAAUAAUAUGAAAGCUGCACAAAGUUCUAAGGCUGAUUUGAUCUUACCCAUUUCGAGAAAUCUGCCAUUGAAUGAUGGGUUGUGGUUUGAAAUUCAGAAUUCGAAUGAUACCCAAUUGAAGGAAUUUACGAUUCCUCAAAAUGUGUACAGGGCUGUAUUGGAGGUUUAUGUUUCUUUUCACGAGAAUGAUGAGAAUUGGUAUUCAAAUUAUCCUAAUGAGUAUAUUAUUGCUAAUAAUAUUACUGGUAGCCCUGGAAAUGGUCCUUUUAGGGAGGUUGUGGUUAGUCUUGAUGCAGAGGUGAUUGGUGCAGUUUGGCCUUUUACUGUGAUUUUUACAGGUGGGUUCAAUCCUCUCAUGUGGAGACCUAUUACUGGCAUUGGUUCAUUCAAUCUCCCAUCUUAUGAUAUAGAAAUUACUCCAUUUUUAGGGAGUAUAUUGGAUGGAAAGACCCAUGAAUUAGGUUUUAGUGUAACUAAUGCUUUGAAUGUUUGGUUCAUAGAUGCAAAUUUGCAUCUUUGGUUGGAUCAUAAGAGCACAAGAACUGAAGGGAUGGUCUUGACACAUGAGAGUAAGCCUCUUGCUUUUUCUUUGGUGUCCAAUUUCAAGGAUUUGAAUGGAACAUUCUUGUCAACGGCUCAAAGGUCAAUAUCCUCAAAUGGAUGGGUGCAGUCCUCCUUUGGGAAUAUCACUACCAGUUUUAAUCAACACUUCAGUUACAGCAACUUAAUGGAGAUGGGUGAGGAUGGGAAUUUGCAGAUUGUGAAUCAGACAAUUAGUUUUAAUGACAGUGUUUCUUUCGGAAAGCUUAACUCUUCUGUUCAUUCAUUCAGAUCAGUAAAAGACUUUGGUUUUGACAUGUACUCUAAAUUUUUGGAUCAAGGAAAUGGCUCUGCCUUUUAUGUAACAAACCUCACUCUGGGAUUCAGUGAGAAGAAAUCAAAAGAGGCUGGUUUUGGAUUUGGGACCAGCUCUCUGAAAAAUCUGCAGAGCACGCAGGGUGCUAUGGUUGUAAAGAACAACUUGGUGGUCAGUGGAGUGGGAAGUACACAGCAGGCCUACAAUUGUGAUGAUAGUAAUUUUUGUUACUUCAGGGACAUAAGCAGUUCAAACUACACCAUUAUUGCUGACAAAGUGAUAAAUAAAUGCAAUAAAAAGGAAAAGUCUAACCUUGGUUUUGGGCUUAGCAGAUGGUGGCCAUUUCCUACUCGAAGGGCUUCUCUCGCAUCUAAGUUUCUGAAUAACAAUGGAGUUUAACAAUUGCUUCAUGUGGGAAUUCAUUUCUUUAGAUGCUUUGAAGGUUUCUGACACAUGGAGAAUCGACACCCCAGAUAAAAUUGCACGGGUGUAGUACUCUGUAUUUCUUUUGAGCAAAGUGACUUUGUGCAUAUGCUUGUAUCAUUUGUCUCUAUAAUCUGUUCCAAAUGGGAUGGAUUUAUAUUUAAUGUAAAUGUGGCAGAACGUUCUUCAGUUUUUUAGCAUACAUUUGCACCCCCAAAAUAAGGAACUUACUGUAGGAUUUGGCCUAAAGCUGAACUUCACAAAUAAAUUUAUUCAGUGUUUCAGUUUUAUGAGAAUUUAAUUUAGUGAA